AUCUACUAAUGUUCAUCAAGGCACAAGAUAUUUCCUUAGAAAAAAUUUGGGAAGUUGGAAUUCAAAUGUAAACAAUAAAAGGUGCAAAAUCCCUACCACCAACAAAGUUUUCCCAGUUUUCAACAAGGAUUUGAUUUUAUUAGAUGGCCCUGAUAGUGCAACUGUAGUGAAGCAGGGAAUGAAACAUAUCCUCUAUGAAAGGGGGCAUAUUUUAAGUGCUUUUGAGUUUAAUAAGGACUGGGAUAACAGAACGGUUCUUGAAAAAAUACGCCAAUCAUUUGGUUGUAAAAUUCCUGAUGAUGUAAGUUUACAGUUCUUAAUGCCUUGUGGUAAUAAACUGGUCAUUCCUAAUCUGACUGAUGAUAAAGAAUUGACAGCAUUAAUGAUACAUAAAGUCUACCAUCAAAAAUCUAUAUAUUUGAGGCCAUCUAGACAAUUAUUUGAGGAAAUACUUGAAAAUACUGACGCAUCUAAUAUAGAUAAUUCUGACAUUUUUUCUGAUGUUGAUGAUUCAAAUAAUAAUCCAAGACACAUUGCUAAGGAACACGGUGAAUCAAUCAAUACAUUUCCAAGUAAUUUUACAGCAACAGGGGAAAAUCUUAUACAAAAGGACACAGAAUCAUCCAGUUUUGCAUUGGCUUCAAAUUUUGAUGAAAAUUGCAAUACUUCUCUUUUGAAUGCGUACUAUGAAAUUCCAAGCAGCUCUUGUGUAUCACUACCCCUUGACAAUUACAUUAGUGAAAUGGCUCAAAAAUCUUCAGACACUACACAGUUGAAGAAUGUCAAACAAUUUGAUUCAUCAAUGACAUCUUUACAAAUUGCAAAUGAAAGAUCUGAUGAUUUUACUUUAUCCCCACAUUUUAUUUAUAAUCAAUACGUGGAGUGUUUAGAAUCAGAUACGCAGUCAGAUAUCUCUGAUGAUAUUAAUUUGGCAAUUCAGUCAAGUCUUCAGGAUCAAUACAAGUAAGUUUUAUAUUUGAACAUGUACUAAUCAAUUUAUAUUGUUAAUUUAUUUCUUUAAGGCAUAUUUUUUAUUUAAUUUUUGAUCUUCUCAUUGAUAAAGCUCUAAUUCUAUAAUUUUACAUUUACAAUAUUA